AACGUGUCUCUCAGUUAAUGAUAGAUGUUUGGUAGCGUCUGAGUCGAAGAGCACACAAUGAAAGAUACAAAGGAUAUGAAACACAAGAAUGGAAGCCUGGUGAGGGGAAACGGAGGCCGAAACAACCAUGGCUUUGAAAUGGAGGAGGGUAUCACGGUUGAUACGAGCGACGCCACAGAGCAAACGGAGCAGUCGAAAAAGGGAGUGCAGUCGUAUCUGAGACAAAUAGCCAAGCCGAUAAAUGCUGCUGAGGAUUACGUGAGAAAUCACUCCAAAAUCUUCAAGUAUACAUUGCUGGGCAUACUCGGAGCAGGUUAUUCGGCCUACUUCAUUACGGCCUGCGUUUUGGAUUUCCAGCGGGCCAUCGCCUUGGUGGUCAUCACCUCUUUGGCUGUUGUGUCCAAGUCGUAUGACCUUGUGAAGAAGUACAAGGGCGAAAGCAUCAGUCAGUGUUUUAAACCUGUAGCGCGAUGCUUCAAAUCCAAUUUAAGAUGGCUGAAAUGGGUCUUCAUCGUCAUUGCCGUGAUCCUGCUGGUGCUGUGGCUCGUGCUCGACACCAGCCAGCGUCCCGAGCAGCUUAUUUCCUUCGGAGGUGUGUGCAUGUUCCUCCUGCUCACGUUCCUGUGCUCGGCUCACAGGACAGCGGUGUCUUGGCGCCCGGUGUUUUGGGGCCUGGGGUUGCAGUUCUGCAUCGGACUUUUUGUCAUCAGAAGCGAGCCUGGACUCGCCGCUUUCCAAUGGCUCGGUCGACAAGUGCAGAUCUUCCUGGACUACACCAAAGCCGGUUCAUCGUUUGUUUUCGGAGAUUUAACCGACGGGAUCUUUGCUUUCCAAGCGAUGCCGAUCGUUGUUUUCUUCAGCAGCGUGAUGUCCGUGCUUUACUAUCUGGGUUUAAUGCAGUGGCUCAUCCUGAAGAUCUCAUGGGUAAUGCAGGUAACGAUGGGAACCUCUCCCACAGAAACCUUGAGUGUAGCCGGCAAUAUAUUUAUUGGCCAGACAGAGGCACCGCUGCUGAUUCGUCCCUAUUUAAACGACAUGACCAAAUCUGAAAUUCACGCCGUUAUGACUGGUGGAUUUGCCACGAUUGCAGGCAGCGUCAUGGGAGCCUUCAUCUCAUUCGGGAUCGACGCGUCCUCCUUGAUAUCAGCCUCGGUCAUGGCUGCUCCCUGUGCGCUGGCUUUCUCCAAGCUGUCCUUCCCGGAGACGGAAGAAACCGCCUUCAAGUCGGAGGAGACGGUCAAAGUGGCUUGCGGAGAGGAGCGGAACAUCCUGGAGGCAGCCAGCAGCGGAGCGUCGGCUUCCAUCGGUUUGGUCGCCAACAUCGUGGCCAACCUCAUCGCCUUCCUCGCCAUCCUGGCUUUCAUUAACGAAGCUCUGAGCUGGAUGGGAGGCAUGGUGGGAUACCCCGAGGUCACCUUUCAGUUAAUGUGCUCGUACGUUUUCAUGCCCCUGGCCUUUAUGAUGGGAGUGCCGUUCGAGGAGAGUUUUAUCGUGGCCGAGCUGAUCGGCAUUAAGUUUUUCCUCAAUGAAUUUGUGGCCUAUGAGAAAUUAUCCAAGCUGAAGACCAACAGAAUCAACGGACUGGAUGCAGUCAUCGGCGGGGAAAGGCAGCGGAUUUCGGUCCGAUCGGAAAUAAUCUCCACCUACGCUCUGUGUGGCUUUGCCAAUUUUAGUUCCCUUGGUAUUAUGAUCGGUGGCCUCGCCUCUAUAUGCCCGUCUAGAAGAGCCGAUGUCUCGGCUCUGGUGUUGCGAUCCUUAAUCACGGCCACGUGCGUCUCGCUCGUCAACGCUUGCGUCGCGGGGAUCCUGUUCGUUCCUCAGUUGGACUGCGUGGAGUUGUUCAGAGAAUCUGUUUUCAACGCCACAGAUGUGAAUGUGCAGACUUGCUGCGUGGACCUAUUUGGAAGUGCUGUCAACAACGGGAGCAUCUCGUUCGAGGGCUCGUGGAGCACGGUGAAAAACGCCACCGUGUAUUUGGCCAAAUGUUGCCAGUGCUGCGGUGUGUCUCAGGAGGCGCUUUGUUUGUAAACAAAGAGCUUUUAUAUCUUAUAUAUAAGACGUCUUUUAUAUUAUAAGAUAUCUUUUAUAUUAUAUGUUUUGUAGCCAGGUUUGUACAAAUGUAAAGACUGUUGGGAAAAGCAGAAACUAUUUUCUUAGGUUGACCUUCUGGAAUUCAAUAUGAGAGUUUAGGUAACAUGAUUGCGUCUUUUUAGCCACGACUUUUUCUGUAUUGGCGCAUGUUUAGGAGGGAAAGUGGAUGGAAAUCAUUUCAAAAAGAAUGUUUGGCACGAAAUCAAGAUAUUGAUUUAGAAAUGUAUUGCCUACUGGAAUAUGUUUUAAAACAGGUGUAUAGUAUUCGCUGUCAUGUAUUAUAUUGUAAAUGAAUUAAGAAGUUGAAUUUUAUAGCUUGUUGAAUGUUAAAAGACAAAAAACUUUAGGAAACUUUUAGUCAUCCGCUGUUUGAGUGUAAAUAGCAAAAAAAAAUCAAGUUGUAAUUUUUGAAUGGAUUAUUAUUCAUAGGUAUGCACAAAACGGCUGUAUAGAAUAUCUUACUCCAAAACAAAUGUUUU